AUGGUGAGAUAUACUCAGACAAGUAUUAGUGGUAUUCCAGUUGCUAUCAAUCAAUUUCGUCUCAAGUUUUGUAUUGUGAUGCACAAAAGGAGGGAUAUGGGUAUUACUAUGCUAGUCAUAAACAAUUAUUUACUGAUUAUUGUGGUGUUUUUAAGUUGGUACGACAAUAAUUAUCUCAAAAAGGUGUGUCAAAGAAACGUUAUGAUUGAGCGAUCUCUAGUGUAG